GAGGCCUCUCUCUCUCUCAAAAGUGCCUCCUCACACGAGCAGCUGUCAUUCCCACAUAUACAAACCCCACCCCCUCCCUCUCACCUCAGCUCAGCCAGCAAAUUAGCGCUUGCACCUGUCGGAUCUCUCCCUCUCUCUCUCUCUCUCUCUCUCUCUCUCUCUCUCUCUCUCUCUACAACACCAGGUGGUCUUUGUUCUUUUAACUGACCUACUUCUUGUUUAGUUUCAAGAACAGCAACGAUCGCAGACCAACCCAAAUGGUACCUUAAUGAGCUGAAUGGAGGGGACGGCGGUCGAGUUCAUGUCAUGUGCUGUGGGUGGUGAUGAGGCGCCGUGGGGCGAAACGAGGCGGAAGAGAAGACAUCGCUACUGAAAGAGAAAGGAACACGCUGCGCGCACACAACCCUACUUGAAGCUGAAGCUCCUCUUUGAUGACAUUCGCACUGCAAUGGCCUACCCACCCCACUACCGAUCGCAGUUCGGCGACACCACGUUGACCAAGGUGUUCGUCGGAGGCCUGGCAUGGGAGACCCCGACCGAGGAUAUGCGCCGCUACUUCGAGCAGUUCGGGGAGAUCCUCGAGGCCGUCAUCAUCACCGAUAAGAACACCGGCAAGUCGAAAGGCUAUGGAUUUGUGACAUUUCGUGACCCGGAAUCAGCGAGAAGAGCUUGUGUUGAACCGAACCCGGUUAUAGAUGGAAGAAGGGCAAACUGCAACAUUGCUUCCAUGGGCAGACCUCGACCUUCGCCGCCGCGAGGGAGAGCACAAGGUGGCAAUUACCCCUACCAAGGAGGAGCAUUGCCGACAGCCAGCGGCACUGUGCCUUACAGCGGACGAGCGGCGUCGGUCCCAACGCCGCCGCCGCCGCCGCCGCCGUUCGUUUAUCCGCCUUACGGGUACUCGACUUACCCUCCUGAAUAUGGAUACCACCAAGCGAUGUACAAUCCGGUUCAGCAGCAGCAGCAGCAGCAGCAGUACUAUCAGCAGAUGUACGGGGGGGCGUCGGCCUCGACAUCCGCCAUGGGAGGUGUCUCCCCGUAUUACUACGGCUAUUCGCUGCAGACCGGGAGGGGGGCUUACUCUGCGGCCCACCAGGCGCACCGCAUCCCCGGACCCUCUUACGUCUACUAUCCUGCGCAGGCGGAGGGCCCCCUCUCCCACUUCCACCCUCCUCCCCCUCCCACUCUCCAACCUCUCAGGCUCCCCUUCACUUCUCCCGCAGCAGCAGAACAUGGCUCGAGUUUUUCCCUCUUCUUGUUUUCGUGAGUGGCCAAGAUUACAUGACAAAGAUAAUUUGGUUGGCAAUUGGAAUAUGUACGCGACCGCGUGGGCAGUCGGGGCCAGGUGGGCGAGACCCACAAAAGGCCAUGUGAAUGAGCUGUCAAAGCUUCUGCGGGUAUGACCCAUCACAUGAUUUCGAGGGUCAAUUCGGGAAUGCACGGCAGGAAUGGGGAGGAGGGAAGAAGAAGAUCUUCCGAUGCGGAUCUGCAUUGCCAUCGUGCUUUCCAUAUCAUCACUGCCUGUCGAGCCUGAGCAAAAUGCAGUCAAGUCUCCAUCCUCGGGACACUGUUUUCGGCCAUCGGGGAACCACUCACCGCCGUGAAAAAUCUUCUCGUUGAAGCGUGAAUAGCAGCAUUGCAGGGAUCGCGAAAAAAAAACGGGUUUGCGUGUGUAGCGUCAGGAUCUGGCCGCAUGCGCAGUUAAAUUCGAUGCAUGAUCAGUUCUUGAUGUGUCUAGGCACUAAGAUAGAACUCAACCCCCUUCUUUCUGACUCACGAGGUGUUCUUUAUCCGUGGCGACAGAUACCCACGACGCACAGGCCUCGACUGCCACGGAAACAUCAUCAUCACCACCACCACCCUCAGGGUUCGCCACUUCUCAAAGCUCCGACAACCUAAAGAAACACCAUUCGAGCGCAUCAAACUGAUGGUCCCCAUUGUUCCUCCGAUGCUCCUCCUGUUCCACAACGAGACAUUCUGUGUACAUGUUGGCUUCCCUGUUUUUUUUUUUUCACCCCCGGCCUAGAGAACGCAGCAGCAGCAGCAGGUGGAUGAUCGUGACGCUGCUGCGCGAAGAGAGAGAUGGCGAGAUGCGGGAGGAGCAGAGGAGAAGACUAAUCAACACCUGAUUUCAUUAUUUUUCAUUUCAUUUUUUUUUUUGGCCCUUUCUUUUCUCUUUUUCCUUUUAUCUCUCUCUUUGAUAGAAUAAUUCAUUCAUUUUUCUCC